CUAUAGGAGCGUAUAGGACGUCCCCGCUGUCUUUUGAGUUCAUAACAAACGUCGCAGAUAAAGGGACAGGGACGACCCUCCUGUGGGUGGCGCCUAUACUCAACGUGACAGUGUGUUUGUUUCCACGGAGCUGUCAGGAACACACACACACACACACACUCACUCCUCUGACUGGAUGAAUUGUGCAGAGAGUUUGGGGACGAAACGCUCGAGACGUGGAACUUUUGAAUAGCCUACUUUUGAGACAUUGAAGCUGAUGGGAUAUGGCGAUGGCCUCUCCAUCAACAUCACAAGCGGGACCAGCUAAGGAGGCAUCCAACCCAGAGCUCUUAGGCCCGGGGUGCAUUGAGGCCUUGAAACUGAAGGUGGGGCCAGUGCGGAGAAACCUCUUUGGGCCUGUGGACCACCAGCAGCUGCAGCAGGACUUCCAGCGGCUGCUCUGUAUGAACGUGGAGGUGGCCAAAAAGCGCUGGAACUUUGAUUUUCAGAGAGAAAUGCCAGAAGGGGGGUCCAACAUGGAGUGGGAGGAGCUCAGUUACGAGGACGUGCCGGCGUUUUACCGCAGCUGUACGGUUAGGUCAGUGCAAUGUCCAAUGGCCAAAAGGCGGACAUCGUCUUCGUCGGGCCAGUGUUCCCCAGGGUCCAGCAGCACGUCCGAGUCUGGGGAUGAGUACCUGGAGGUGACCACAAGGGGGUGCUACCGGAUCCGACGGCAAGGAAAACGCAGACAGUCUGCCAUCACAGAUUUCUUCAAGGUAAAGAAGAUGAAGCUUCUGCAUUACAAAGCAUCUUCUCUGCAGUAGAAAAGCACAACUCGACCCAGUGGAGGAUCACCGAGUGGCCGACAUCCCUCUACACGUAACCUCACAUAGAUAUGUGUCAAAUUAUAUGUAUAUACAGUAUGUAGCAAUUUGUAACGGACGGUCCGCAAGCUCAUCCAGCAUGCCUCUGACACCACAUAUCUUACACUUUUAGCACAAGGAAGCUAGCAUUAUCCCAGUUAAUCAAGCUCAGACCUUAGGAACGGUUUUUGUUUAUAACUAUACAUAUUAUAUAUAUAUAUAUAUAUAUAUAUAUAUAUAUAUAUAUAUAUAUAUAUAUAUAUAUAUUCUACAUACGGUUUUCCUCAGUUUUUUUUUUACUAUACUGUGAAAUUAUUUUUGAAUGCAGACUCUUAAUAACAGAAAAUCGGCUCUAGUUUUAAGAGGUUACUUUUCUUCUGAGCGGCCUGUGGAUGGUAUUUGACGUCAGUCCUCGACCUCUCUUCUCCCUCUUGCUAAAAGUCAUGAGGUGGUUUUGAUUAGGUGAGUUGCUAUUCCUGGUUUACACCACACUUAGCCUUUAGUCUCACCCCGUGGCUCUGAUAGCACGAGUCAAGUCAGGGGUCAAAACCACACCUGGGGCUCAAAAUGUGGCAGCGCGACUGGGAUUAGCUCCAGGGCGAAGGUCAACGGUGGAGGUUCAGCAGUAAGUUAACGUGGCAGUACCUGUACAUAUUUAUUUGUACAUUUAUUUAUUCGUGAUGCUAGAUCGUCAAAAAAAAAAAGGAAAAUUAGAAAAAAUUGGAUGGGUAAAAUAAAGGCAAUAUAAGGUGUUUGGAAGUCCUUAUGGGUCAUAUAUGCUCCACCGUGGUCACGUUGGCCGUACUGGUAUAUAUAUAUAAAAAAUUUACAAACUACAAAUCAUAUUCCCUUUUUGGUUUGCAUUAUUUGCAUAAUGGGGCUGUACAAAUUUGUGACGUCAUCUUUAUGCUUGUAAUAAUGUGGACAUUUUCCACUCUGUCGUCAUGUCCACCAUGUAGUUGUUCAAUACAACCAUUUUCUCCAUGAAGCGAGUGUGGCGUUUUUGCACCACAUUGCAGCUCAGAGGAACCCUAACCUUUCAAUUCCGCUUUUAUAUGAAGAGUAGAGUUGCUUCUCUUUGCCGUUCUAUAAAUGUUUGUGUGUAUAUAAUAACAAGCGUUUGUAUAUAUAUGUCGGUUUGGUGUUAAUCCUGAGGUCGAGUUGUAACAGCUGAGGCAGUUAAACCAAAGAGAAAUUGCUGUGCUGUGAAAUUAGAAACAUCAUUUAUACAAGUCACUCACUGAGUGAUCAGUAAUGGGUCAAAGAAGGGUCUCAAAAGUGACAAGAUCGUCAAAUAUAAAUAGUGUAAACACACCACAACUGCUCAACUCGCAGUUUGGGUGACUCAAAUAGUAUGUUCUUUCUCCCUACCUACAGUCAUUGUAAUUUGUACAUGGAUAAAAAGCCAUAAUCUGGAUACAUCCACUCUUACUACCUCAUCAAGUGAUUUAGUAAAACAAACAAGUUAUGUACGUGUUCAAUGCAAAAAGCAAAACAAAACCAAUGUAGCUCAGGAUGCAGGCGAAACAGAGACAGAGGCAGAAACAUGGGGUGGGGGGGGGGGUUGGAGCGGGGCUUAUUAUUUUGUUGUGGUAAAAGCGGUCGAGGUUCAGUGCUCACUCAGUGUUGAGUUUCACAUCAGGUAAAAGAGUCAGUGUGUCAGACUGGGGGCCCAGCUCCGAGCAGAGGAAACUUGGGUCCCCUGAGUGUCUGAGGGGGGGGCACUUUUGUUGUCUAUCCCUCUCUCGCAGCCUCACUUGGCUCCCCCGUAUAUAGACAGAGCAGAGAAAAAGUGGUGGUGUGCGGGAAAGGAAAGGGACAAACUUUAAAAAGGGAACGCUCACCAGAAAAUGUCACAGACCCCUUGUAGAUCAAAAGAUUUAUUUUUCUACCCAGACAAGUGGCCUGUGAUUCAGACACGCUUUUGUCGGCCCCCUUUAAAGUCUCUCAGUCUCUCGUUCAGGAACCACACGCCUUAAUCGGCGCAAAAUCGGCAUGAAAGCAGUAAUAUAAUCAUGUAGUGAUGCAAUCAUGUUAUCUUUCAUGGCUCAACAAGGUGAUAUUUCACAGAUCUAAAAAUAGCAAACAUGGCUUUCUGAAAUUGUUUUACAUUUUCAGAAUUCAUUGCUUUUUUUUGCCAACUUUUUAUGAGUGUGCGUGUGUGUGUAAGACAAUGUUUGUGGGCACCUAUCUUCACAGACAAAACUUUCAAAGUAUAUUAACUUAUUUUGAGUUUUUUUGAAAUUAUAAAUUCCCCAUAUGUCUUGACUGUGUUGUUUCUGACAGUAUAUAUUUUGCACUACUUUAAACAUUGACAAGAGAACUUUUUUAUGGUAAUCUUUUU